AUCCACUUUUCUUUUCUGUCGAACACGAAGGACAUACAGUCUUUUGUAUCUGUUUAUGAAGCGAGAUGUCUUUCAAAAGUUCAAAGGGAGGACCUGAAAGUCGAUCAUCCUCUUCAGCCAGCAUGUCUCCUCGAGGAGGCCGUGGUCCAGCAGCCAGCAGAUCCCCAACUACCGGCAGAUUUAAAAACAAGGCUCUUCAGCUAAGCCUCUCCAAGAAAUUCUGUUCAAAGUCUCCUGCCACUCCGAAAAAGGGCAACGUCACCGAGAAAGAGUCUCAUCGACGCGGUAAAAGGAGCCUCAGCAACAGCUCAGCCGUGGCUGCUGCCUAUAUCGCCUACCUUAAUAAACUCUUUGGACAGGAGCGAGAACUGAUGCCCCUGGAGUUAGAUGAAUUACGAGAGGCCUUCAAGGAGUUUGACUACGACGCGGAUGGCUUCAUACAUUACAAAGACAUUGCCGACUGCAUGAGGACCAUGGGCUACAUGCCUACGGAGAUGGAACUGAUCGAGAUCAUCCAACAGAUAAAGAUGAGAUGGGGCGGCCACGUGGAUUUUGACGACUUCUGUGCGUUAAUGGGCCCGAGGAUGCUGGCUGAGACUGCUCACAUGGUUGGGCUCAAGGAGCUUCGCUGUGCCUUCAAACAAUUUGACUGCAAUGGGGACGGUAAGAUUACAUUUGAAGAGCUGAAGGACGGCAUGAAGACUCUCCUUGGCGAGAAGCUGAAGAAGGGUGAGCUGGAGGAGAUACUCGGUGACAUUGACCUGAACAAAGAUGGCAACAUUGAUUUUGAUGAGUUCAUGAUGAUGCUCUCUGCCCGGUGACCUCUAACGGCUGACGAUGAUGAGACAGCAAACGCUCUCUGCUCCUGAUUGACUUCAUUUUUGACUCUAUGUAUAUAAUUUAUGAUGAAAUAAAUACAUAAAUGGGCAUUUUAUGUUGUUAUGAUAAAGGGGAUUUAAAUGCAAAUAUGGAGCCAGUUAAAAUGAAGUAGUAAAGCAUUGAUGUUGCAUUAUUGACCCCUUGUGGCUGCAGAGGGUGCAUACUAAAGCGUUCAUGCCUUCUUCUCAGAACUACUUUCCGAUAUACAACCCUUCUUUUUACUUAAUGUUCAUUCGUUUUAUAGCACAUCUUUCAUUUCUCUCACUUUUUGGAUUGCCAUAGACGGCAAUAGAUGUUAAAUUCAUUUUGCAGCAAACAAUAUUCAAAUUGAUU